CUACCGAAUGUAACCUAAUGAAAUCCACGGGAAGCCCUCAGAUUAAAGCGUUGAAGAUGACCCAUUUCAUGCAAUGAUUUUUAACAUUUGUUGAAUAAAUAGGCUUAUAUAGUUGCUUUAAUUCAUUUCCAUGUUACCAGUAUGUUGCUGUUUUUAGAAUAGACUGUUCACCGUCGUCUCAUUUUCACUUCAGCGACGCAACAUCCUCUGAAUUUUCCACAACUCUACGCGAUUACGCGCGUAGCCAAGAGAACGGUAGAGAUUUGCAUCACAGGUGCUCGUGGACAUUUGUGCGUAAUUUUGGACCACUUUGCAUGUUCAGUGUAUAAGCGAAUUCAUUUAAUAUAUCAAAGGGGAAAACACCAGAACAGUCCUACAGCAAGAAUAGCUCUGCACCUCUAACGUUCGGAUGAUUGUAAUUGGGGCAUGCGUUUUAUUGUUUAUCCAUAGCGGACUGUCGGAGUUUCGAUAAACCUAGAUGCAAAAAACAAAACAUAGCAAAUAAUUGGAAAUAACACGAGGCACUGCUUGAUUGUGAGGGUAUCCAUAAUCAGAAAUGCAUUUUUAUUUGUAAUUUUAAGGAAGGAAAUAUUACAGGCUUGAAAAACGCUUCUGUCCUGCAUAAUAGAAGACAACAUUUAGUGUAUAUCCCAUGUUCAGUCUGCUGGGGUUUUCUGAGACUGCUCCGGCUGUAUACUUUUGCAAAGCUCAUCAACAUCUUCAGCCACUUCAAACACAUCACGCCACAAGAGGAGGGAGCCUAGCUGCUUUUGGCAUUUUAAAAAGACGCUGAUCAAAGAAGAAGUCAAAACUGCAGUGAAGAAAACAACUUCAGUAAGACAGUGAGUUUCUUGAGUGAACCAGAAGACUCCACCGGACCUGUGCCCUGGAAACAACACCAUUUGACUGAGAACUAUCAGAGUGACUGCUGACCUCACAGUUGUAAUUGUUGUUUUAAAAAAGAAGAAGAAAUGUGUGGGCAUCUCUGGUGACCUGCUGGGUAGCAGUGGUCUUCUUGUGCUGUAGUAGGAGUGGCUGAACCACGAUUACCAUAGUGGGACAAUGGCACGGCCAGGCUCUGGGGUGCUGGUGUCGGUCAACGGGCUGGGGUACCCCCCUCAGAACCUGGCCCGGGUGGUGGUGUGGGAGUGGCUGAAUGAACAUGGGCGCUGGCGGCCCUACAACGUGACAACUUGCCACCACAUAGAGAACGUACUGAAGGGGGAUGCGCGGGGGACUGUGGUCCUUGGACAGGUGGAUGCCCAGCUUGCCCCUUACGUCAUAGACCUGCAGUCCAUGCACCAGUUCAGACAGGACACAGGCACCAUGAGGCCGGUCCACAGGAACUUCUAUGAGCCGUCAUCGGCCCCGGGGAAGGGUGUGGUGUGGGAGUGGGAGAACGACAGCGGCUCCUGGACGCCCUACGACAUGGAGAUCUGUGUGACCAUCCAGAACGCCUAUGAGAAGCAGCACCCCUGGCUGGACCUGACCUCUCUGGGCUUCUGCUACCUCAUUGACUUCAACAGCAUGGUCCAGACCAACCGGCAGAGCCAGAGGAAACGCCGCCUGCGCCGACGCAUGGACCUGGCCUACCCUCUCAUCAUGGGCUCCAUCCCCAAGUCCCAGUCUUGGCCCGUGGGAACCAGCUCCGGCCAGCCCUGCUCCUGCCAGCAGUGCAUCCUGGUCAACAGCACGCGGGCUGCCUCCAAUGCCAUCCUGGCCUCUCAGCACCGUAAGCUGUAUGGGGGGGCUACGGGGCCUUCAGGGGCUACAGGCACGCUCACCGUGGUACGGCAGAGUAACACCUUCGCUGGAACCACCCUCUGGUCCCCCACCUCUAGUGCCGGGACCAAUAAUAUACAACAUAACAACAUAAGCGCAGGAGGAGGCCAAGCCAAAGCUGAACAGGUGCAGUCUCUCCUGUCUAGUGCCAACUUCCCAUGUUCCCCGGCGCUGCCAUCCCUUCCGCCUGCACAUGGCCACUCCCACGCCCACGCACACUCCCACAGUCACCAUGCCAUCAUCAAUGGGCAGAACAACCUGAACCGGCCGGGCACCCAGCGCAUUUCCAUGGGCACUGCCAGAGGAGCCAUCCCACCAGGGGUCCCUCCCCUCCCUGUUAAGAACCCGACUGUCUCUGGACCAGUUCACCCAGCAAUUGCAGGUAUGACAGGUAUCCUGAUGUGUGCGGCUGGCCUGCCUGUGUGUCUGACCAGGGCCCCUAAACCCAUUCUGCACCCGCCGCCCAUAAACAAGAGUGACAUGAAGCCUGUGCCUGGGGUCAACGGCAUCCGCCGCAAGACCAAGAAGAAGCACCUCAGGAGAGGGAAAAACCCAGAGGAUGUGGUGCGGAGAUACACAGAGAAAGUAAAAGUAGCCCCUGAUGAGGACUGCACCAUCUGCAGGGAGAGGCUGGUGAUGUCAUCAGGCUACGAGGGUGUUAAGGGCAUAAAGCCAGAGGUGGUGGGCAAACUUGGCAAGUGUGGGCACAUGUACCAUCUGCUGUGCCUGGUUGCCAUGUACAACAAUGGCAACAAGGAUGGCAGUCUGCAGUGCCCCACUUGUAAAGCUAUCUAUGGGGAGAAGACAGGCACACAGCCCCCUGGGAAGAUGGAGUACCAUGUCAUCCCCCACUGCCUGCCAGGCUACCCAGAGGCCAAGACCAUCCGCAUCGUCUAUGACAUUCCUGCUGGCCUACAGGGAGUGGAGAGGGCUGCAUAUUUCAUCCUUUCUGCAGAGCUGAGCUUUAAUAGAGUCAAUAAAGUGACCUUUCUACCAGAAGACCAGGCUGAGCAUCCCUGUGCAGGGGAGAGAGAGGCCGGGGCUGUCUGUCCCCUGUCAUCCACACUGCAGCAGAACAACAUGCCGCGGCCCACUCACAGUGCCCCUGCACACCACUCACACUCCUCACUCCACCCUUUUAACACAUCUACACUGACAGCUGUACUCUGUACCACAGAGCAUCCCAACCCAGGGAGGAAGUUCAGCGCUAGGGGGUUCCCCCGGCACUGCUACCUCCCAGACAAUAACAAAGGCAGGAGGGUCCUGAAGCUCCUGAUCAUGGCGUGGGACCGCCGCCUCAUCUUCACCAUCGGCACGUCCAGCACCACGGGAGAAUCAGACACCGUGGUGUGGAAUGAGAUCCACCACAAGACAGAGUUUGGCUCCAACCUGACGGGACACGGCUACCCAGACCCCAACUACCUGGACAACGUUCUGACAGAGCUGUCAGCCCAAGGGGUGGGACAGGACAACCUGAAGGACUGAGAGGGGGGACAGAGAGGCCCCAGAGGACCACCUCCCAUAUCCAUAUCUGACAGGGCCUCUGAAUGAGGAGGCAACAUGCAGGCCAGAUAACUGUCUUUUACUCCCCACACCCAAAACAGAUCUACAGACCCUCAUGUUCUGUAUGUGGGCAAACUAAUAUAUAGCAAAUGACAUAAUAAUGACAUGAUAACGUCAUGAUUGUGUUAUACUGUUAUUUGCAUUUACCUAAACAUAACUGUAAAACUUUUCCGACUUGCUGUCUCUUUGUCCAUGCCUUGAGCAUGUGUAUUUUUGCCAACAUUUCAACCUGAUAGGUUAAAGGAAUGUAAAGACAGGAUUUAAAACAGAUCUCAAUGUGUACUGGCUAUUGUGGGGUUUAAACAUUGAUGCACAUCAACAGUCAUUGAUUCCUCUGAGACAGGAUACUGAACCUCCUCUUCUGUACUGACAUCAUGGCAUUGGAGGAGAUGUCUGUUCACUUUUGUUGAACAGUUGGCUAGGGCUCUGAAGGCUCUACAUGUCUGGCCCCAUUUACUCAACUUUUUUCAGAUGUGCAUUUAUGAAAGAAUAGGGAAGUGAUUUAUCAAGUUGCAGUUGGAGUUUGUGUGGAAAUCUUCAGGAGAAUUUUAAUAUGCAGAAUUUACUUAUAUAAUUUCAAAAGCAUGGUUGCAAUUCCAGAUCAGAAUUGUAUUUGUCUAAUUCACACCAAAUCUACACAGUUCAACUUAUGACAUGCUGAUGUGGUUGCUAGUGAGAGUCUUUUCAAAGUGAGGCCUAUUGCUUAGUUUUAGCUUGGUGGUUUUCCACACCAAAGCUGUCUGUAGAUCUGAGUGGACGGUCACGGCUAUGUGAUUCUCAGAAAGGAGAGAGGGCAUCUCUGAUUGGCUACACAGGGCUGUUUUACAGUGCUUUGCACCAUUGGCCAAUGAGUCUGUUGAAUGUUCAAAUGCACCACCUGACAGAGAGCAAGUCAGAGGAUCUGAGGACGCAGCCGUCUCACAGUAAACGUCUAUUCUAAUGGUUUGCCAACCAGAGAGGAUGCCUUUGGAAGUAAAACCUGAUAUAGGUUCAUACACAAGCAUCUUACCGACCAGUUAGAUGUUUGUUAAAAAGGUAUGCUCCUGUAAGUUAAGAACUGAGGCAGUCGAGCACACCUUGCUCCACUCCAAGGUUAACCUCAUUUGUUUUGUUGACACAUUGAUGAUGCUGACCUCUGUGAAUAAGCCUGCCUUAUUAUUCUCCCUGCGGAGGAGGUCCAGUUAUUGGCAUGAUCUAUCACACUCGCAGCACGUGUGUGUGCCUACUUGCGUGUGUGUUUGAGUGUGUGCUCUGGUGUUAAUAAGUUCUCUGGCCCUCUAGACCUUGAACACAGGAGCAGAACAUGCUUCUCAGGGAGCGAUGUCCUCCUCAGAGAAUGACUCUCCUCUUCCAGGAGAUCCAUCAUACAGUAGAGUAGGCAGAGCAGCCCUCACACACGCACACGCACACGCACACACAACCUGUGAUGUACAAGCCUGGUGUUCCUCUCUGCUCUGCGGUGCUGGUUUGGAUGCAUGAUGAGCCUCUGCUGUUCCCUGGUGCUGCAGCCAACAGACCCCCACCCCACCACCACCACUACCCAAUGCUGUUGGAUCCCUCUGAAGGCUCUGAUACUUAGGUCUGAUACUGCUGGAUGAUACUUAGGUCUGAUACUGCUGUAUGAUACUUAGGUCUGAUACUGCUGGAUGAUACUUAGGUUUGAUACUGCUGGAUGAUACUUAGGUCUGAUACUGCUGGAUGAUACUUAGGUCUGAUACCGCUGGAUGAUACUUAGGUUUGAUACUGCUGGAUGAUACUUAGGUCUGAUACCGCUGUAUGAUACUUAGGUCUGAUACUGCUGGAUGAUACUUAGGUCUGAUACCGCUGUAUGAUACUUAGGUCUGAUACUGCUGGAUGAUACUUAGGUUUGAUACUGCUGGAUGAUACUUAGGUCUGAUACCGCUGGAUGAUACUUAGGUUUGAUACUGCUGGAUGAUACUUAGGUCUGAUACCGCUGUAUGAUACUUAGGUUUGAUACUGCUGGAUGAUACUUAGGUCUGAUACCGCUGUAUGAUACUUAGGUUUGAUACUGCUGGAUGAUACUUAGGUCUGAUACCGCUGUAUGAUACUUAGGUUUGAUACUGCUGGAUGAUACUUAGGUCUGAUACCGCUGUAUGAUACUUAGGUUUGAUACUGCUGGAUGAUACUUAGGUCUGAUACCGCUGUAUGAUACUUAGGUCUGAUACCGCUGUAUGAUACUUAGGUUUGAUACUGCUGGAUGAUACUUAGGUCUGAUACCGCUGUAUGAUACUUAGGUCUGAUACAGCUGGAUGAUACUUAGGUCUGAUACUGCUGUAUGAUACUUAGGUCUGAUACUGCUGUAUGAUACUUAGGUCUGAUACUGCUGUUUCCCCUUUCCUCAGCAGCUAGAUGAGCUCAUUCUACAGUAGGAUCACUCAGAAUGUUGUGCUAUAAAGUACAGUAUGUGAAGCUGAUGUUGCACUGGGAAUUUCAACUCCCUUUGCUCCCUCCUCCCUUCCAUCCCCACAGAUUCUAUGCCCAUAAGCUAAAGAGUUCUAAGGUUUUAGCGCUCGAUUAAACCCAUUGAUAUGUAAAAGCAAUGUUCCCGUGUUUGUGGAGACUGCUUUCACUGUAAACGCUGCAUUUGUCGACUCAAUUGGGAAUGACUUUUACAUUUCAAUCGUGCCAUAGCACUGAGCUUCCACAAUACAGAUUGUAUCGAGCCCUAAGUCUGAUGAUGACAUUUUGUGAUGUUUCUUUUACCUAAAACAACAGUUCUUCUUUAGGUUGCAUAAUUCUCUCCUCGAGUAGGAUCUGAUCUAUUUUAAUGAGUGGAGAUGUUGGUGUAAUCCAGAAGAGAUUUGUGUUGAGGUUUUAUGGUGUGCCACCCACUUCACAGGGUUUGAUCCUUUAAAUGCUUUUGAAUAUUUUGGACUGAAUCAUAGUCUUCCGUAGCACUUUGAGGCAGCAGUUUUCUUUAAUUAAUCCUUUCAUUUUUGGAAGAUGUCUUUAAAUGUAUUGGCUACUAUAGCUGCUGUUUUUUAUUUUCAUGUUUAUAAACUUGUCUUGUAUUGCUUCAAAUAUAUAUACAGUAUAUAUCUAUACAUUUGCAGAUGUGAUCUACCUUUAAAUGUACAUGUAUGCUCAAUUUGAGUCGUAUGGUGUAAGUUUAAUUUAUUUUUAUACUCUUCUAUAUAAGAAAAUAAACAUUCACAUCUACCCGUCCACAUAUCUAUACACACAGAAACAUAUAACAUGAGUAGAUCAAAUCUGGCAUAUGUGAUUUGCCAGUAUGUCAGGGACUGUUGAAAUGUGUAUGCUAGGUUAUGAGCGUCUUAUACUGUAUUAGCAGUAGUCUUAGCGUUUGCUGCUGUUGUUAAUGUAGAUUCUGUGAAGUGGAGCCCCUGAGGGAUUCAGUAAGUACAGUAAGUCCCUCUUUAUUAUUUGUUGGGGGGAGUUUAGCAGCAUGACGUCGACCCUAUACCCCAGAUGGGUCAUUGACCAUAGAAUUCUAAUUAUAAUUCUGUUAUUUACCUUGUAUAACCUAAGAGAACCAAUAGGAGGAUACUGUCAGUACCUCAAACUGGUGAGAAUGAAAAACAAGAGCCAUUUUGUCUUUUCAUUUCUUCUUUAUCCUUUUGCAAGUUGACACAUUUUAAGCUUUUUGUCACCCUCGUAAUGGGGAAAAACAGGAAAGAAAUGAUUUCAGUCUUAUCAGGGAAUUUUCCAUUUUAAGUGAGACUCAUUGAGUUGUACAGGGAAAAUGUUUUCAGUUAAUAUUUCAAGACCAGAUCAUGCUCAGAUUUCCAGUCUCCAAAUGCUUACAUACGUACCUGUAAUAUUAAUCAAAUAUUUCAUUGUCUAGGCCUCUUCAGCUUUACAUACAGUCUGUAUACUUUCAGUGGUCUGUACAUGGGGAGCUUUAUUGUGAGCAUACAUUUUAUGGUCUAGUUUUGGACAAAGGAAUAGAGUUUAUGCAAUUAUAUAUGCGACCAAUUUGUACCUUAUGUGUAGCAGGAGGCAUCAGGAGGUGUUGGGGACAGGAGAAUGGAUGUUCAACAUUCUGUAAGGCGUGUCCAUUUGUGACCAAAGGAGACAGUGAUCCAAAGGUAUAGCUCAAAUGCUCCAUAUAGGAGAACACAUAUUUUUUAUGUAUUUUUUAAAAGAUUGAUUGUCUUCAAUUGAGCAUUCAUAGUGUGCAACAUUGUUAUAUUACAGUAAUUAAAGAAACAUUCCAUACGAUUCUCCAUAGCAUAUAUUGAUUAGGUGUGGGAUCCUUUCUCAUGAGGAGUUCACCUCACAAUCACAUUGAAAACAUCCAAUAGCAUAUUGCACUUAUCUGUGUACACAGAUAUGCCCGCAAAAAAUGUGUGUGUAUGUGUGUGUGUGUGUGUGUGUGUGUGUGUGUGUGUGUGUGUGUGUGUGUGUGUGUGUGUGUGUGUGUGUGUGUGUGUGUGUGUGUGUGUGUGUGUGUGUGUGUGUGUGUGUGUGUGUGUGUGUGUGAAAAUGCUUGGUUUAAGCUUCUAAAAUAUCCAAGCAGUAGACAUUUGGGGGCUGAAAUAAAAAAAAUCAUAGAUGUGCAUGUUACUCAAGACGUCAACAAGUCUGCUGACAAGGCAAAAAUGUUGUAUGUGAAAAAUGUUAUGGAGUCAUUAGAGAUGUCAUUGAGCUGUGUCCUGUGUGGACUGGCAUGGUGGACUGCUCCAUACUCCACUCUUUAUCUGUGUGUUUUGACCUCUGAAGAGGGUUUGAUGGAGAGAGAUGAGCAUGAAAUAGCACUUUGCUGCUCCUCUCUCUGUUUCACAUAAAAGGUAAUCAAUCGUAUGUAUCAAGUCAUCAUCUGCAUUUUCAAUGCCCAUUUUUUACAGACAAAAUUUCAGAGAGCCAUGUGGCUAUGGUUCAACAUUCACAUUUAAUUUCUCAUCAGAAGCAACAUAUUACAUAUAAAACAUUCAAUAAAACACACAAAGAGAAAUGGUGAUUUGAAGUGUAAAAUAAAAUGAAUGACAAAAAAUAAAGGCAAGAUUAGAGACAUUGACUAGACAUUAAAGGGCUCUGAAUCGGAACCAGUCUCUAUUGGAUUGGGAUGAUUUUGUUGCAUGUUUGUUUGUUUCAUGUGGAAAAUAAAUGUGCCCUCAACGGGGUAGUUUGUUUGA